UACUAAUUAAUCAAAAAAAUCAACCCACAUUCCUUCACGUCUCUUUCUCCAUUCCCUCUGUUCUUUCUCCCACGUUGGACCUUCUCCUCCAUUUUCCCGAGGAAAUUCUCCUCCGAAAUUUUCCAGGAUUUGUCGAUAGAGAAUGAAGGAGUUCUUCCUUUAUCAAGUGCUUUCAUAAGUCUGGUUUCUGUAUUGAUGCAAACUGGCGGUGAUCAAUGAUGAAUCCUAACGCCGAUCAAUCAGGCAGCCCUUAUGGAGUUUCAACACCACGUGGUUCAACUCCCCGUGAUUCAACUCCCCGGAGUCCCUUCUCUCCUUUCUCUCCACUGUCUGGAGAUGAAAGGCACAGAGGUCCGUCUGAUAUGAAAUUUCAGCGUGCCUCGGCCAAUUCUGGUCCACAUGAUCCCUUAUCCCCUGGAUCAAUGCACCAAGGAGGGCACAAAUUCCACGAGGUUUUUCAAAUGAAACAGGGGCGAUAUGACCUUCAUGCUGCAAAGAUUUCAGAAAUGAUGAAAUCAAAUAGCUUAGAUAAUGCUCCAACGCAGUCACUUCUGAGUGUCGUGAAUGGAAUCCUUGAUGAAAGUAUCGAACGAAAGAAUGGUGAAAUUCCACAGCGUGUGGCAUGUCUGCUGAGAAAAGUCGUGCAGGAAAUUGAACGGCGUAUAUCAACUCAGGCUGAGCAUCUAAGAACGCAAAACAAUCUUUUCAAAGCUCGGGAGGAGAAAUACCAGUCAAGGAUCAAUGUCCUUGAAGCCUUAGCUUCAGGAACUCGUGAAGAAAAUGAGAUUGCCACGAACCAGCUUCAGCAGAUAAAGACAGAAAAGUUCAAGUUGGAAGAAAAGAAGAAAAAUGAAGAGGAAGAUAUGGUUAAGCUAAUGAAGGAAAAUCACCAACACAACGAUGAAAUUGCUGCUUUAAGGCAAGAAUUGGAGGUGACUCGAAAAGCUUAUGAACAGCAAUGCUCAGAAACAGAAAGCCAAACAAAGGUUGCUACGACAGGACUUGAGGAAAGGCUAAAGGAGCUUGAACAAGUGGGAAAAGAGGCAAACACUGCUAAAACUGCCCUCGGAGAACGGGUCAAAGAGCUUGAAAAGAUGAUAGAAGAAGCAAGCGUCGCUAAGAAAUCUCUUGAGGAGAAGGUUAAAAUGCUUGAACAAAUGGGAAAAGAAACAAACGCAGCUAAUACAAGCCUUGAAGUGAAAAUUCAAGAGCUUGAACAAAAUUUGGUCCAUUGGAAGGGUAAAGUGAAAGAAAUUGAGGCAAAAUCUGCCUCGAAAGAUCAAAGUUGGAGUCACAAAGAACAUUCCUUCAGAAGCUUUAUCAAAUUGCAGUUCCAGGCGCUACAGGAGCUGAGGUCCUAUUCUAAAUCAAUCAAGCAAGAAAUAUUAAAGGCUCAAGAGAACUAUUCAGAAGAGUUCAACAGAUUAGGAAAGAAAUUGAUUGAACUUGGAGACGCGGCCGAAAACUAUCACGCUGUUCUGGCUGAAAACCGAAAGCUCUUUAACGAGCUUCAGGAGCUAAAAGGAAACAUCAGAGUAUAUUGUAGGGUAAGGCCGUUCCUGCCUGGGCAGAGUGAACAAAAUACAGUGACAGAAUACAUCGGUAAGGACGGGGAAUUGGUAGUUACCAAUCCCACAAGACCCGGGAAAGAUGGUCUUCGACAGUUCAGGUUCAAUAAGGUCUACAGUCCAGCUUCCACCCAAGCUGAGGUGUUUUCCGACGUAAAACCACUGAUACGGUCGGUGCUCGAUGGAUACAACGUUUGUAUUUUUGCUUAUGGUCAAACAGGAUCCGGAAAAACUUACACCAUGUCUGGUCCUGAUGGAGCAACCGAAGAGGAAUGGGGAGUUAAUUAUCGUGCUCUCAACGACCUCUUCAGCAUCUCUCAAUCCCGUAAAAGCACCAUAACUUACGAAGUCGGGGUCCAGAUGGUGGAGAUAUACAAUGAACAAGUGCGCGAUCUGCUGUCCGAUGACCGUUCUCAAAAGAAACUAGGGAUUCUUUCUACAACUCAACAAAACGGUCUCGCUGUGCCUGAUGCAAGCAUGUAUCCGGUGUUGUCAACCUCGGAUGUGCUUGAAUUAAUGGAUAUCGGACUAAACAAUCGAGCCGUUGGCUCCACUGCGAUGAAUGAAAGAAGUAGCCGCUCUCACAGCAUAGUCACUGUUCAUGUCUGUGGAAAGGAUUUGAAGACAGGUUCUACAUUAUAUGGGAAUCUGCAUUUGGUCGAUCUAGCAGGAAGCGAGAGAGUAGAUCGCUCAGAAGUCACUGGAGAUCGACUGAGAGAAGCUCAACAUAUAAACAAGUCACUUUCCGCUCUCGGAGACGUGAUAUUUUCUCUCGCUUCGAAGAAUGCUCAUGUACCAUACAGAAACAGCAAGCUAACUCAGCUCCUCCAGAGCUCGCUCGGUGGAAGAGCAAAGACUCUUAUGUUCGUGCAACUCAAUCCCGAUGUUACUUCGUAUUCGGAAACAAUGAGCACCUUGAAGUUCGCAGAGCGUGUCUCUGGAGUCGAGCUAGGUGCCGCAAAGAGCAGUAAAGAGGGUAGAGAUGUUAGAGACUUAAUGGAUCAGUUAGCAUCCCUUAAGGACACGAUAGCGAAGAAAGACGACGAGAUAGAGCGGCUUCAUUUACUGAGGGAUAUAAAAGACGGAUACCCUAAGAAACCGGAGAACCCGCAGAGAAGGAAAAGCUUAGAACAAGCCGAAGAUGACUACCAAGCUGUCAACGAUGUCGAGAGCAUAGGCUCUGUUGAGGUUGAAUCCGACGAGAGAAUGAGCGAGGCAUCCGACGGCGUCGCUUCCGUCGGAACCGAAGGAUCAGUGGACGUUGCUCGUUCAAUGGAUGGGAGAAGACUUUCCAAGGUUUCCGACAGGACCAAACUCGGGACAAGAACUACAGCGACACGGCCAGUCGAUAAACUACGUCAAGUCGGUACAAAAACAACCGCUCUGGCAAAAACCGUGAGGAGCCUGUCACCAGUUUCAGGGCUGAGGAAGACGGGGAGCUCUUCUAGUUUGCUCAAAUCUUCCACUUCUAAACGAUGGCAGUAAAUUACUAUUUUACCCCUAGUCUGGAGUGAGAGGUUCUGUUCUUUAUGGUUAUAUUCGUACGUACGUACUCGUAAUUUUACAUCUUUGAUUUUGUUUCUCUUUUUUUUUUUUUUUGGCAAUAAUUAUACGAUGGAUGUACGAUAUAAAUUUUGUAUACACGAGAACCUUUUUUUUUUGUUUUCAAAGACACCAACUCUAGUGACA